AGAGAGAGAGAGAGAGAGAGAGAGAGAGAGAGAGAUUUAUAGAGUCACCUCGAGAAUUGAGCAUCAGAGUCUCGGAGAAUCGGACAGAAUCACAGACUCCUGAGGAACCUCGAUCUUCAUCUCCAUGGGCUUCACCAUCAUCAUCGAGGAUGAGCUGUAAGGUGGCGCUGUUGCUGCUCCUCUCCGGCGCGCUGUACGUCUCCGCCGGCCGUAAGAACCGUCCGCACUCCUCCAUCCCGUCGCCCUACAAGCCCGGCUCCAACGCCUCGGACCGGCGCGGACAGGAAGUGCUGGCGUCCAGCCAGGAAGCGCUGGUGGUGACGGAGCGGCAGUACCUGCGGAGCGACUGGUGUAAGACUCAGCCGCUGCGUCAGACGGUCAGCCAGGACUCGUGCCGGAGCCGCACCGUCAUCAACCGCUUCUGCUACGGCCAGUGCAACUCCUUCUACAUCCCGCGGCACGUGCGGAAGGAGCAGGAGUCGUUCCAGUCGUGCUCCUUCUGCCGGCCGCAGCGCUUCACCAGCCUCACGGUGGAGCUCGAGUGUCCCGACCUGCAGCCGCCCGUCCGGUUCCGCAAGAUCCCGCGGGUCAAGCAGUGCCGCUGCAUGUCCGUCAGCGUGUCCGAGGCCGGCAAGCUGUGAGCGUUCACUGGUGCUGAUCUGAGCUCAGAGACACUGAACACUGAUGGU